AAGCGAGCCAUGAUGCUGAGAGGAGGCGAAGUCAGCGAUAGCAGCGACAAGAGCGUCACGACUGGAGACAAGAACCGACGGGUCGGUAACGAGGAAUGCAAGGACCCGAGGAACAAAAGGACGAGCAGCACCAAGGUAGUUAGAGAGAGGGGGAGGCGCGACAGCGAGCGACGACGGAGGAGGCGAAGGCAGGAGGGGAGGACGAAACGCGUAGGAACGAAGCAACAUAGGGUGAGAACGCUGAACAGGAGAUACAGGACGAGCACGAGAGGGACGGCGAGACCAGACGUGAGACGAAGGCAUCUGGUUAGGAGACAGAGGAGGAGACACAAGGGAGGAACGAGGGGGAAGACGAGCCGGAGACGAGUUCGGUGGAGGGAACACAGGGCCUUAGACAGGAAGAGGAGGAGGUGGCGGGGGAGGCGCAAGCGAGCGGUCAGGGGAGGGAAGGCCGAGCAGGCAAAGGGCGGACACCGGCGGCGACUGCUGCUGCUGCUACUGCUCGACGCCGACACCUGGACCGCCAGCUGCACCACGGCCACCGCCGGAACACACCACGCCAGCACCCCCAAAAACGCCCACCCUAAGAGCGAGAACUCUCUCCAGCACCGGUGAGAACGAUUAAGUGGGGUAUUGAGAUAAA